AUGUUACCAAAAAUUCGUUUGAUUUCAUUAAAUAUGAACUAUUGUACUGGCAACACGGAUUGGAUUUUCAUUAAUUCAACAGAUCCUCUAGGUCAAUUACAAUUGGCAAGUUUUAUAUAUCUUUUUUUCCUCAUAUUAGUAGCAUUUUCUAGAAAUAAAAUCUUGAUUUAUGUUCGUCUUACAAUUGAUCCAAUGGCUUCAAUAUGUGAAGAACAUCAAGAAAAAGUUUAUACUAUUGGACAUUAUUCAUCACGAAUGUGUAUGGUAUCAUUUAGUUGGGCUUAUUAUAGCAUUGUCAAUCGUUAUCAAAACACGAUAACUGGCCAGUUUUUUGCUCAUACCCAUUUUGAUGAACUUACCCUUUCUUAUAAUGAAACAGAUUCUAAACAAUCGAAUAAUGGUUUGAUAACAUCAAUCGAAUUAAAUGUUCCUGAGUCCAUUAUUUUCAAUGAAGAGGUGAUCGAUGAAUUUAUUACAAAAGAAAUUCAACAAGGUUUUCCUGGUGCUGCUCUUAUUAUAAGUCGAUACGGUAAGAUAUUAAAGCAAACUGUCUAUGGUUACAAAUUAAAAUAUGAUGAAAAUGCGAAAAUAAUACAACAACCACAACUAUUAAUAUUAGACACCAUGUUUGAUUUGGCAUCAUUAACUAAAAUGUAUGCAACAAACUAUGCGCUUAUGCACCUGGUUGAGCAAGGAAUGUUGAAUAUUGAUGAUCCAGUUAAAAAACAUAUACCUCAAUAUUGUGGAUGUAAUCCUGACAAGGAAUGUCGUGAGGCAAGAUUAAUAAAAGAUUUAUUGACACAUACAGCUGGAUAUGCUCCAAGUGUUAAGUUUUAUGAUCCAGAGAAAGUUUCAUCGGAUUUAUUCUCACAAGAUAAACAUGAAACUGAAGAUAUUAUCGAAACCAAACUAGGAUUUCAACGAUCGAGAAGUGGUGAUCAAUUACCCGUUUAUUCUGAUAUUGAUUACAUGCUUUUGGGACUAGUUGUUGAGCAUAUCAGUGGCAUGUCAAUUGACCAAUAUGUAAAAAUUAACAUUUAUCAGCCAUUAUGCCUCACACAUACAUUAUUUAAUCCUCUCAAUAAUACAAACUAUCAAAGAUCAAAUUUUGCUGCUACUGAAUUAAAUGGAAAUACACGUAAUCAUACAAUAAACUUUCCUAAUGUACGUACUCAUGUGUUACAAGGUGAAGUCCAUGAUGAAAAAUCAUUUUAUUCAAUGAAUGGUUUAUCAGGGCAUGCUGGUUUAUUUUCAAAUUUAAAUGACAUGUCGAUUCUAACUCAAAUUAUGUUGAAUAAUGGUACAUAUGGAAAUGUUAAAUUUUGGAGCAAAAAUGUGCAAGACCUAUUUCUAAAGCCAUAUGCAUAUGAUCCAACAUACGGAUUAGGAUGGCGUCUAAAUCGUAACAAGUCUUUAUCAUGGUUCGGUCUCUAUGCAUCCAAUGAGGCGUAUGGUCAUACAGGGUGGACAGGAACAUGCACUGUUAUUGAUCCACAGUACUCAAUGGCCAUUACUUUAUUAACUAAUAAACGACAUACACCAUACAUCAAUGGAACUUUCGACGGUGAAAAAUACGAGACAGGAAAAUAUGGUAAAAUAAUGACACUAAUCUAUGAAUCAAUGUUGUUGCACAAAGUUCCGUCGAGGAAACUUCGAGCAUCUGCUAUGAGCGAUUGA